AUGCAUUUCUCAAAAGUUGCCAUCACUGCCAUCUUGGCCAUUAACUCAGUACAAGCUUUACCAAUUCAAGAACGCUGUGACACAUGCGGUGGUGUUGCCAACAAAGAAUCAGAAUCUAAGAUUGAAGAACGUGAUUCUCAAAAAACGCCCGUCAAGUACAUGCGAUUAAUGCCUUGGGAAGAGUUUUGUGAAAAAUGUCCACCAAAGGAAUUUUUCGAACCUGGUGGGGUCGGACAUGGUAUGACUCCAAAGGGCAUGAUGGGAGAAUACGUUGCUGGCCUCUGCAAUUAUCAUUGUAGCUCUGGCUAUCCCGAGUCCUACGCAAACACUCUCCGAUCUAGAGUCACCAUUUCUCCAUCUGGAUCAAACACUACCCAGGCUGAAGUUGUUACUGCUCGAUCCGAAUCAACCACCACUCAACCUGAAGUCACCGCUUCUCAAUCUACAAGUCAAGAAUAUUCUGAGAUCAAGUCGGAUGAUUACAAAAACAACAAUUACACUAUUCAAUUCGAAGCUGACGAUAUCAUCGAGCUCAAGGCUGAACAGCAGGGCACUUGCACCAAUGCAGGCAAGUUCAGCUGUAUUUCUGGAACAUCUUUCCAGCAAUGUGCUAGCGGUACCUGGAGUGUUGCUCAAAACAUGGCUCCAGGAACUGUUUGUUUAGCUGGAAAGGGGUAUGAUUUGAACCAUGUGCCAGCCGAAAAGAGAACGUUGACGACACAGGAUAUCCAGAAUCCUACUUCAAGGGAAAUGGAGACCAAGGCAGAGAAGAACCCCAUUGAAAAGAGAUUGUGGAUCCAAGUCUUCAAAUGGUCAUUCUUCGGACCCAAACCACCAGUACACCUUACUCCAGAGGAGGAGAAAAAGAAGGAAAUCGAAGCAGAUGUAAAGUAUUCCAAAGAAUUCCAUCAAUACGGCGGACAUGGAGAUCUCAAGAAAGAAGCCGAGGAGAAGAAAGCCGCCGAAGAGAAACACGCCAAAGGAUUUCAUCAAUUUUCCGGAGUCGACAAGGAAGCUGAGAAGAAGAAAGCCGAGGAGAAGAAAGCUGCCGAUGAGAAAUAUGCCAAAGAAUUUCAUCAAUUUGGCGGUCUCAAAACGGAUGCUGAGAAGAAGAAAGCCAAGGAGGAGGAGAAAACAGCCCUUGCUUGGAAAUUAUUUGGACCCAAGGAUGGAGAAAAGCAAGAAUAA